AUGCCUCGAUUGACUUUCAAAACCAAACAAGCCAAGAAGUCCGGACAGAUUUUACGCACUGAGACAUUUAAGAAGUCUAUCAGGAUUCAAAACCAAGACUACCAGACCCUUGUAGAGAAGCAUUUGAAGUGUAAGAACUUAUUUGAAGAUGAUGCCUUUCCAGCGGAUUUAACAUCCAUUGGAAGUGAAAAUCUUUUACAGAAUCUUCCACCAUGUGUCACAUGGAAAAGGCCACAUGUAAGUCAAUGGCAGUAGUAAUAUCUGGACUAUUACUACAAAAAUUUCAGCAUGCUUAUGAUUAACAGCUGGUGAGAGAAACGUUGUCUGCCAUACCUGCUGCAUGCUUCCAGUAGUUGUGGAGGCAUUGCCAGAUAACAGUAGCUUGACCUGGAUCAUUGAAGGUAUUGUCAAACCUGGGAACAUGGAUGAAUAGUGACUUUUAAAUCUAAUCCUUCCUCUUCCUAUAGAGACCGUAAGUUGGCUCUUUUGGUAAAAAAUGGGGGGGGGGGGGCAGCUGACAGCAAAAGGGCCAGUCCUGUAAUGAAUGUAGACAGUAAUACCCAAAAUGUUGCAGACCUGCUUUCCACAAGCGGAAGAGAGGACUGGUCCAAGUCCCUACAGGGAGCUAUUGGACCUGAAGCUUCUGUUGCAAAUCAGGCAAGUUCCAUAGUGUGGUUACACUUCACAAAAUAGCUAGAAGUAUAAAGGGGGUAAAACCAUUAUUUUCCCUAAUCUAUUGAAUAUUGAUUAGUAUGAGUGGAUAAAGCAGAGGGAAUAUUCACUGAUAAUGCAUUCGGUGACCAUAGAGGUUCCAUUAAUCAUAGUGGUUCUACAUGGGCCAGGGUCUUCUCAAUGCAGGAUAUUGUAACCAGCCACGUAAAAAUAAAUAGUUCCAUGAAUCAUCCAUUUGUUCACUGGCCUAGUAGAAGAUGACAAUAGACAACUUAUUUAUACUGGUGUAUCAUUGCAUGAAUUAAAUGUAUAUCAUUAGAAAAGAAAAUAACUUAAAUUUUUCAAAUUUUCCAGGAACUGGUAAAGAAUCCUCAGUUCUUUGCUGAUAAUGUGAGCAGAUUCAAAUUACAUCAAGGACUCACACAAAACUGCUGGAUUUUGGCUGCCCUAUCAUCACUUACCUUGAACAAGGAUAUAUUAACCAAAGUUGUGCCUCAAAACCAGAGUUUUCAGAAAAACUACACUGGGAUCUUCCAUUUCAAGGUGAGUACACUCAAUCUGCACUACUUAACGUGGAAAGCAGCACAACUGUCAUGUCAUAAAAUAUGUUCUCUUCACAGUUCUGGCGUUUUGGUGAAUGGAUUGACGUGGUAGUGGAUGACCGCCUUCCUGUAGAUGAAAACGGCAAGCUCAUCUUUGUAUCGUGUGCCAAAAAUAAUUUGUUUUGGGGAGCACUCCUGGAGAAAGCCUAUGCUAAGUAAGUAAGCAUCAGAUACUGAGUCUGGUAUUAAUGCAUUAUAUAUUUUACAUCAUGCAGGUUUGAACAACAAUGUUUGCACUUGGCUUCCAAUUUAUAAUAAAACAAAACUAAUCAGCAGUCUAUACAGAGGAUAACUAACAUGGUGAAUCAGACGGUAUCCUAAAGAAUUCCAUCUAUAUGCUAUUAAUGUAGGCUUUAUCUUCCUGUGUCUCAGGCUCUGUGGCUCCUAUGAAGACAUGCAAAUUGGUGAAGUAUCUGAAGCAUUAGUGGACUUUACCGGUGGAGUGAAUAUCACCAUAACAUUGUCCAAAGCCCCCGCAGAUCUCUGGAAUAUAAUGUUAAGGGCAGCAAACAGUGGGUCCUUAAUGGGAUGCCAGACUCACUCCGGAGUAAGAGCAAUAUUUAUUAUUUUUAUUAUAAAUAUUAUGUUCUGUCACACUUACUGUAUAGGUAGUAAAACAUAUAGACCCCAGGAGGGACUUAUAAACUAAUUAUUAUUAUUAAUCUUAUGAUUAUGUCAACAUCAUUACCAAAUUACGUUAUCAUUAAUAUUAUUAUUAACCUUAUGGUUGCAUCAACAUAAUUACCAAAUAAUUUUAUUUUAUUAUAUUUAUAUAUAUAUAUAAUAUACAAAGUGUUGUACUCAGUGCUUUACUGUAGACUGUACUGAACCAGAAAUUGACAGCAAAUGUUGUUGAUAUUUAUAUAUUAUUGUAGUUAUGAUAUGCAGACAGUAGACAUCCUUACCCUUGUAGACUUAACAGACACAAUUAGAUUAAACUAUAAAAUAGUAAAUUAAUUUUAAUAAACAGAAGUGUAUUGUGUUCCAUGUUUCAUACUACAUUUAUUAAAUUCCUUGUCUCUUUCAUUUAGCCUGAAAUGAUUAUGGAGAAUGGAUUAGUGGCAGGCCACGCGUAUGCUGUGACUGGAAUCAGAAAGGUACGGGUCUGGCUGUGAACCUCAGCUAUCGGGAACACUAGAUAAACAAAAUAAAGAAGGACAAAACAUGGAUCAGUUUAAAUUAAUUGGGAGCUCCAGGCUUACUCAUUGUAGGCACACAAAUAGCUCAUACUAGUAUUAUUAAAAUAACAAUUGUUUUUAUUAAAAACCACAAUGAUAUUUAAUACAUGAAAAUCAAGUACUACAAUUGCAAGCAGUGCUACAUUUGAUGACUAUAGAAAUAUUUGUGAAUUAAAUUUGCUGUGAUACUUAGCGAUCACUCCAUCUCUGUCCUUUGUUUCACCAGGUGACCAGCAAAUUGGGAGCAGAAUAUUUAGUGAGAUUGAGAAAUCCAUGGGGAAAGGUUGAAUGGAAUGGAAAUUGGAGUCGCAGGUAACUAUAAUCUAAGAUGCAGUAAGACAUGUAUUUGGUAUAACCCGGUACGUUGCUGAAUGGGAUGGUACCCGCAGAUAAUUUGGUGGUAUUGGUUAUUUUGUUCUGUGAUAAGGUAGUCGUUUUGUUUGGGACAAAGAAACGCUAGUAUGUAUAAAGUCAUUAUUGCUUUUUUCAUCCUACUGCAGGUGCCACAUUCAUUUAAAAGUUGUAGAAAAGAAAGAUUGUUUCAUGAGAAGAGAAACUAAAAGUUUUAAAGUUUUACUUUUUUUACAUUUUUUUUUCAGAUCUCAAAAAUGGGAACAACUUAGCUUCAAGGAGAGACUUCUACUUCAAAAGGCAAGGGAAGAUGGAGAAUUUUGGUAAUAAUGAUAAUACAGAUAACAUUUAAGACUAGGGACUAAUGAAAGUAUUUAGAAAAUUGGGCAGACUAGAUGGGCCGAAUGGUUCUUAUCUGCCGUCACAUUCUAUUUCUUAUAGAUAGAGGGAUUUGUUAUUCCAGAUAAACUGAAACCAUUUAUAUAUUAUUGACAUAAUCAUCAGAGAGUGCAGGUAGUCUCUACACUUACGUCUGAGACUCAAUAACCUUCAUAAUAUAAACAUAUACAGUUAGGUUGUCAUGACCCAUUAGGUGCUGUGGAUUCUGAGGUUUAAUCCCUUAAAACUUAAAAUUGUGGUGCAAGGGCUCCCAAAAUUAUUCCUGGAUAGACAAAUCAAUUAAUCUGCUGAUGUAUUGCCUGAUUUUCAACCCACACUGGAUAUUAUUUUCCUGAUUUUUUUUUUAUUUUCUGCACACAUAGGAUAUCCAAUGAAGACUUUAAAGACAAUUUUGUUGAGCUGGCUAUCUGCAAGCUGACUCCUGAUCUGAUAAGCCAGGAAUAUGGCAAACAGUGGAUGUUAUCUAUGCAAAGCGGCAAAUGGUCUUCUGGGAGCACAGCUGGGGGAGGUAGACAUUGCACAGGUAUAUAUCUGCCGUUCCUUGUAGUAUGUUAAAUGUAUACACUUCACUCUGUAGCUGCUCGAAUCCUUAAUUUCAAGGUGGCACAGUUGGUAUCACAAAAAUGUUUUAUUUUUUUUCCAAAAUAUUUUUAGAGUCCUAUUGGAGAAAUCCCCAGUACCGGCUGAAAACUCUCAAUGAAGAUGAUAUGGAAAAGAAUACAGACUCUUCCCAUGUUCUAAUAUCACUUAUUCAGAAACAAAAUCACAAACACAGAAACCAAUCACCUCUUCUGUUCAUUGGAGUAUCAAUAUUUCAGGUAAUACAUUACUGUGAAUACAAUGUAUAAUAGCUAAACACUGUUCUAAAAGUUUAUGGGAAUUUGCUCUGUAGAUAGUUUGGUAUCAUCAGGCACACGUUACUAGAGCUAAUAUUAUAAUAAUGCCCAAUUACGGACUACUGUGGGUUAUGAUCUCGAGACACUCAGCUUGCAAGAAGGGUCCAAUAAUUUACACUAACAUUGCUUAUCUUUAUAACUAGCAGGCCUAAAAAGCCCAGUGCUUGCAAUGGCCAGCAGCUGUCCACCUAUUAGAAAAUCAAUGUUGCUGUUAAGCUCCUUAUAAACACUCUUUUUAAGAUUGUUCAAUACUGCUACGUUCUGGCCUGUAUCAUGUGGUUAAAGUAUAAUUUUACCUACUGAGCCAAUAUGUAAAAUGUGUUGUUGCAAUCAUCUGUUAUUGCUUUUCAUCUUUUUAAUACAUUGUCUUUUUCUUGUUCACAUUUUCUAGGUGCCUCUUGAGGUAAGAACCAUAUUUUUCUUAAUUAUUUGAGCUCCAGUUAAGAAUAUUUAAACAACUGUUAUUACUGUAGACAAUGGUGGGACAUCAAAAGUAUAUUGAGCUGUUGUUGGGCUUCAGAUUAUGGAACAUACAUAAUAAUAAGAUAAUGGAGUCUUACAGUAUCUUCAUUUUCACCAUAGCAUCAGGACUGUUUACAGAGGAAAUUAAUGCUAGAACUAUAGUCAAUUCAGCAGGUUAUUCUUAAAAGUUAGAGCACUGUUUGCCAAGCACUUGCAAAAUAUCAGAAUCUAGGGCACAAGGACAUUUUAAUUUAUAAAAACGAUGCCCUUAAGCUUCACUUUUUUUGCAAUCUUUCAUUGUUGGUGAAAUGCCCAAAAUAUCUACAUUGGAUAGGCAAAGAACAUGAAUGGGAUGAUUUCAUCUUUAAGGAAUUACAAAUAAAUGUCAGAUGAUCUAAGGAAAAUAGUUGAAAGUUAAAAAAAAAAAAAAAAAAAAGAACAUAAUUCAUAUUUUUGUUUUGAUUUGUCGCCUACAGCAAAAGUUCUAAACAUGGAGCAACCACCAAAAAUGAAUAGAAUCCACAGGAACAUUCUAUUGACUUUCAUGGCAUUUGCUCCACUUUUAGAACUUUCCCUUACUUUUCUAUUAGUUUUAUAUUGAAUUUGUGAUGAAUCAUAUGGCAAUAUCUGUGGGCCAUAUACAAAUACAAUUAACAAAAUGUUUUAUGAUAGUGUGAAGUUUGCUCAUUAUAUGGAUAGAGUUAUCAUAUUUUGUAAAUCCUUGACGUUCUUUUCCUGCUCUGUACAGUUCCAGGGCACACAAAGCCGGCUUCCUAAAUCAUUCUUUGUUAACCAUAAACCCAUAAACAACAAAUGUGUUUAUGCCAACCAUCGUGAAGUGACUCAGUAUUUCCACCUGGAACCAGGGUCUUAUGUUAUUGUUCCUUCGACGUCUACAGUUGACAAAGAAAGUGAAUUUCUACUCAGAGUGUUUUCCAGAAAGCACAUUUUAGAGUAAGUAGAACUCUUUCUGAAAUGAGAAUAUAUGUAUUAAUUCACAAAUCUAAGUGAAGUGUCAAAAGUGAAGAUUGAAUAUGAUCAUUUUAGUGGACUAUGAGGUGCCAAAUUGUGGAACCUUAAAUUGUGGCAAUUUCACCUAUUAAUUGGAGAGAGACUUAAAUGCCAAGAAUAGAUUACAUUUAGUACUAUAAAGAUAGUUAUGGAACUGUAGGUAUAUAGAUACAGUCAUACUGUAUAUGCACACAAUUUCUAAAUCUGAAUAUUUUGUAUGUGCCAUGUGUAUGUUUAAUGAAAAUAUCACUAACAAAGCAUUGUUAAAAUCAUUUCAGAGAGCAAAGCGAGAAUCCAAACACAGGAGUAUGCUGGAUGGUAAGCAUUUUAUAUAGAACUUUCAUAUAAAAUAUAUUCAUACCAUUUUAGGAAAAAUAAUAAUAUAUCUAGACAAUUACAAAUGAGUGCAAAGCAACACAGCUGAACGUAUAGCAGAUAGAUAGCCGUAUGAAUUAAACUUUACAUUCGGACGCCAAUCAAACACACUUUCUAAUAUAGUGACAGGAAGUUAAAUAGCAUUGGUUUCUUCUUUAGCGACACUGUAAGAACCAUCUGAUGCAGAACCUCUUUAAGAGGAAGCCUAUCAAUCAGUGCUGAGGUCCAGUUGAUCCGUGUCACCCAGACAGCCCUUUAUACUCUUUAAGAUGUUUCUUUAGCAGAGAACAUUAUUAAAACCUAUUCAUCUAGAAACAUAACAAGCCUUUUUCCAUUAUAAAACAAUUUAUAAUCUGUCAUUUAUCUUGCUGCUCUCAUUUUUCCUCUUAACAGAAAAUUGCUGACAAACAAGAAGACAAGAUUUGGGAAAACGUCUUCGCCAAAUUCUUUGGAAAGGUAAGAUCCUACACUGUAUUUAAUAGAUCAUACGUGCAAAAACUGGUGUUUAGAAAUCAAAGAACUAAAGGUAGUUUCUCCUUUUAUUUUUCAAGAAUCCAGAAAUCAGUUUAAUUCAGCUACAGACACUCUUAAGUAAAGGGACCUGGCCAGGUGAGUCUAUCUGAUUGCUUGUUUUUAGGCAAAAUACAUGUAAAAUGACUCUUUACUCCAGUGCACAAUCUGCAUAUUAUAGUCAUAUGCCACAUCAAAUGAUUCUUGAUAUGAAUUCUGAUGUACUGUACACACGCAAGUGGUGUGGGAGAUGUGUGUCUCCUGUAUGGAGCUUUUCCAAUAAUGGGAGAGGCAAGAUUCUCAUAAAAUAUAUAAAUGGUUGUUUUUAUUCUUAAACAGUAAUUUCUCUUUAUAGAUUUAAUUGAAUAUGUACGGCUAGUUACAUUCCCAGCUAUAUUUGUGGGAAUCGGAUUUGCUUGAUUAGUAAAAUAUUACAGUGCAUAUAUUUGAAAUUCUUAUUAUUUCACAAAUUUACUCUAAUUUAAUCUCUUUUCAGGUGCAAAGCUAUUUGCAACACCAUUCAGCUUAGAUACCUGCAAAGUAAUCAUGGCUCAACUUGAUGUAUCCUUUCUGCUUUUAUUUCUGAUAUUUCAGAGAGUUCCACUUUAUAUCUCAAACUAGUAUUCUGAAACAUCAACAUAGCUUUCAUUCCCAGAACCUUCUUGUGUGCAGCAUUCCAUUAUUAGUAGAGAAAUGCCUUCACUAAACAUGCAUUCAUUGCGCUAAUAAUCAGUUAAUUACUUUUAUACAAUGCCUACGCAAACAUUAUAAAACACCUAUCUAAUAUUUUCUGCGCUAAUUAAUUCCAAGUCCGAGACACUGGAUUUGUGUCACAUUUUAAAGCAUCAUAGUAUUAUUUUUGAAUACCUUAUUAAGUAUUUAGUGUGACUUUCCAGUAGAUUUUUCUUGGGCUUGUUCAAUUCCACACUUUAAAUCACGUAACUUGUCUGAUAAUCCCUUAUUUUUGAAAUACUUGCAGUAUUAAUGUUAAAUUAAAAAUAAAAGCAGUUACAAGCCUUAACUCAUUCGAAAUACAGUUGAACACAUCUGGAACUCUAAAUAUGGAUGAAUUCCAAAAUUUGUGGGAGAGACUCAUUUCAUAUAAGGUUUGUUUCUACAGAUGACUCAUUGAUUGUAUCUAUGAUAAUAUAUAAUAAUGUAUAUAUUUAUUUGAAGGUUAAAACCUAUUUUGCAACGACCCCCAAUGGUGACAUCGCCACUUAGGGAGGCGAUGCCCUAGGGGUGCAGCAGAGGUGUGUUGUACUUACCUACUUUGUCUUAUAAUAUCUUUUGACUGCAUUUGAAUUUCAGUGAAAUUCCACCACAGUCUUUAUGAGUUUUAUGAGAAAAAAACCCCAACAUUUUCUUAAGGGGGGCGUGGGUGUCAAACAGAAGUGUGAUUCGGAUAUCUACCAUUCUGUCUUUGAGUGAAGUCAGUUAUAUAUAGCAUUAGUACAUUAUGGAAAUUACUGUACUGUAACUUAUAAUCUGAUUGCUUCCAUAGGAGAUUUUCCAAAGGAGGGAUAUAAAUAGAUCUGGAUAUCUGACAAUGAUUGACCUCCAGGCUGCAACAGAAGAAAAAGGUAAAAUCAUUCAUUCAGAUGAAUAAAUAAACCCAUUAAAAAAUAAAUAUAUAUAUAUAUAUAUAUAUAUAUAUAUAUAUAUAUAUAUGUAUAUAUAUAUAUAUAUAUAUAUUUGUAGUCGGGGCAAUAUGGCCGAACAGAGAAAUCUUAGCAUAAUACAAUCAUAACAUCCAUGAGUAUGCACCAGUCAGUUGUGGUGUGCCAGAACCGACAAAGCAGUAGGCCUGUAAUAAAAGUGGGCCCACCUUAGAGGGUGUUAUAAAUAGAGGGAGCGGUGGGAGGGGUGACUCGCCAAACCAGCAACGGUAAGGUGGGAGUGGAUUGGCAGCCCCUUUAAAGGUGAACCAAGCCCCUCCCACAACUCCAGGCCAAGCCUUCAAAUUUGUAGUCGGGGCAAUAUGGCCGAACAGAGAAAUCUUAGCAUAAUGCAAUCAUAACAUCCAUGAGUAUGCACCAGUCAGUUGUGGUGUGCCGGAACCGACAAAGCAGUAGGCCUGUAAUAAAAGUGGGCAAAAAGAAAAUGACCAGAAAACAUAAUUCGUGAACCAACUUCGUUUAUUGAGAUAAGUCACAAAAAGCUUGUCUUAAUUCUUUAACAGGAUUGGGUAUGUAGAGUGUGUAGGCGGAGGAUUUCCAGCGCCCCAUGGCCUUAAUAAUAUGAGCGGGGACGUGGUUAGCGGAUGCGAAAGAUGCUGCUCAUAUACGGAAAGAGUGACCUGAAAAUUGAUUGGGGUUUAGGCCAAGCCUGGUCAACAGAAGUCUUAUGUACAGCAUGAAUUUAGCUGUGGUCAGAGUGUGUCCAUGCAGUUCAAACAAAGGCUGUUGAGGUUGUUUUUGGACUGAAAGUGAAUAAGUGUCUAACACUUUAACUGGGCACCAUAUAUUGUGAGUAGGGUACAGUGGUAUUUGAAUAAUGUGUCCGUCGGUGCUGGUUUUGGAUUGUCUUAGAGAGAGAAUAUAAUGGUCGGUAUGUUUCUGUAGAUCAUUGGUUCUAAGGUAGUCAGGUGCGGUGAUGGUUGUGGUUGUGAAUUCGCUAGGCCGGAGGAACCCGUAAAAGGCAAGAUAUAGUUCUGUUUUGAUAGUGCUAUUUGUCAUGGGUUCGAAAGGAGAUGAAUCUAAUAGGUUGGAUAGAGAGUGGAAGAUGUUGUUGUCUAUAAGUAGUCUUUGUGAGGGAACAUGUGUAUCUAAUUUUUUAAUGCCUUUAAGUAAUGUUUUAAUUUGGUAUGAGGUUAGAAAAGCAAUACUGUUAGGUUGUUGGAUGAGCAUAUGGUGUUGAAUGCCAGGAAGGUACAGUUUAAUAGUAUUAAAGGAUAGUUUAAGGUUAAUGUGGCAAAAAGAGGUAAACCCCAAAAUCGUCUCUAAUGCAAACAUGUCGUGAAUGUGAAACUCGGUGAUAAAUUUUUUGAAUACGUGAAAGGCCCUAUCAUAAGUGUCCUUAGUGUUUACUGAGAGUGCCAUAUGAGAAAUGUGACGUGCGUGAUCUAACAAGGUCUUUAAUCCAUGAUCAUGUCUUGGAAUAGAGGUGCAGGUGGAAGCAUUGGGUAGUGACGAGAGGAAAGCCUGGAAACGAAACUGAGACAAGUGAUCAGCAGCGGUGUUUGUGUACCCCGGGAUGUGUAUGCAUGUUAUAAAGAAUUGACAAGUGGCUGCUACCCAUGUGAGAUGCCUUAGCAGUCUCAUAAUGACCAGUGAUGCCGAACGGCCUUUAUUGACAAUGUGGCAUGUAGCCAGGUUAUCCGAGUAGCACCUGACCGUGUGGCCAGACCAAUAUGGCCGAGGUGUCAGAAAAUUUGGGUAGUGAUUCAACUUCAGUUGGCCAAGGCCCCCAAAUCCAUUGGUCACCCCAGAUGGCGGCAAAGCCUGUGUUAGCUGCGGCAUCUGUCCAUAAUGUAGGUGAUGUGUCGGAGGGAGGUGGUAUAAACAUGGUUUGCCCGUUCCAAGAGGUGAGAAAGACCCGCCACAUGCGUAAAUCAGAAGUUGCGUGUACAUCUAAUUUGAUAUGUGAAGUGUGCAAAGAAAACAGUGGAAACAAGGUUAACAGGUGGGAUAUAAAAGAUUUACCUUGGGGUAUGAUCCUCAUGGCAAAAUUGAGCGAUCCAAGUAGUGAUUGGAGUUCUUUCCGAUUGCAAUGACCUUGUAGCAGGUAAUGUUCAAUACUUGCCAGGGUACGCUCAAUCUUGUCCUGAGGUAGACUGGCCUGCAUGUUUAUCGUGUCUAGUUGUAUGCCCAAAAAUUGGAUGUAGGUAUCUGGACCCAAAGUUUUGUGAGGAGAGACAGGAAUGUUAAAAGAUUCAAACAGUGCCAAUAAGUGAUUCAAACUACUAGGUGGAAGAGUGUUAUUCUCAAUCAAGAGGAAAUCGUCCAGAUAGUGGAUAACCGAAGGGCACUUGCACACAUUUAGUAAGAGCCAACAUAGAGCCUCUGCAAACAUGUCAAAAAUUCGUGGACUGCUUUUGGAGCCAAAAGUUAGUCGGGUGAAAAAAUAAUACCUCCCUUGCCAUUUAAUACCGUGUAGAUGCCACAGGGAAGGAUGUAUGGGUAGUAGCUUAAAGGUGUUUACCACGUCUGUUUUACUCAGCCAUGCUCCUGUACCUGCUUGUAGAAUGGCCCCUAUGGCAUGGUCGAUAGUGGCGUAGUGUAGUGAAAAUUCUUCAGAAGGUAUUAGAGAGUUUAGGCUGGGGAUAGUGGAGGAGUGUGGUGCUGAUAAAUCAAUUAUCUGUCUGGGUUUGAGUGAGGUCUUCCCUGUGACAACCCCUAAAGGGUUGGUUCUCCAAGACAUGAAGGGUGGGGAAAAGAAUGGUCCCAACAGAAACCCUUAUUCCAGCUCAUUUGAGAUAAGAGUAUUUACCAACUGUGGAUCGUCUAAUGUGGACUGUAGGUUGUCGCAUUCCAGUGUACCGGAGGGUAAAUGGACCAACCCGGUGUGAAAUCCCUCAGUCAUGCCCAAAAUAAUAUAUUCAGUGAAAUGACGUGAAGGAUGUGGCUGUAAAAGUGAUGUCAAUAAAGUGACGUUCACACACGUGUGAUACGGUUUUGGGAAUGCUUUAUUUGGGCACAUAGUUUUGGCAUGGGCCAAAACAGUGUGAACAUACAUGCAUCAGUCUACAGGAACUGAAACCACAAUUGCCCACAUUGAAGUUAUUGCAUAUCUGAGAUUUACCCAGGAAUACAAUGUCUCUCCCCAGCUUGUCUUUUAAUCCCUUGGUAGCUUUAGGAAAGUUAGGGGUAGAUUGGUGUUUGGGCAGAGAUUUGUGUGGUGUGCUGUAGAUGUGCUUAAAUUGAACUGAGCCAGAGCUGCAGCCACCUUUGCAGAAAAGGAAGAAAACAGUGUCCGUAAAAAGUAAUCGUAAAAAGCGGUACCACCGUAUUUGUGCCCCAGGUCCACCAUCUUGUGCAUGUAUGCAUCUAGCUCUGCUCUUUUCCCUGGGUAUACUGAGCAGUACACAUCCCUAUAAAUCCCAAAACCCAGUACAAAUUCAGGGAUUGACCGUUUUCUGUUUAGUCUCGGGUCUCUAGACCUUAGUACGACAGAUAUAUCUCCAUAUGCAAAGGUCCUAUUCUCUAGGACAUUCUGGGAGGCUAUAAGCAAUGACACCAGGUUGAUAUCCUUGCCUUCCAGAAUGUCCUUUUUAAGGUGAGAUGGGACCAUGUGUGAAGGAUUAAUAUCUUCGCUAAGAGACCCUGAUUCCAAAGAAUUACCAAUCAUGUCAGCCAGAGGGUGACUGGCAGCAAUUGGGUUCGUAGCGGUCUGUUUAGUACCACUUGUUUCCAAUUUAUCCAGCCUGUCAUUAAUUGUGCUGAUGGAUGACAUGAGCGAAGUCAUCAUGGCGUGAAAUGUUGGCAAUUGUGUGCCACUAGGGCCUUCCCCUGCAUCAGAGUUGUCAGUGGCCGUAUUCAAAAGUCUGAACAACUCGGCUUUCCUAGCAGUAGCUGGGAAAGGGAUGCAGCGUCUUCUGCCGUGAGACCUGUGAUGGUCCAUGAUCUGAGAGAAGCAGGACUAGCAACGUCUGUUCCAGGAACAGGGGUACCAGGCCUAGCGGGAGUGCAGGGUAGCAAGAGUUCCUCGGGGAUAUCAGGAUUAUUAGACAUAACUGAAAAGUAAGCUUUAAUCAAUCACUCUGUAAUGUUUGAUUUGGGUGGGUACUGGUAAGGCUAGCUAAAUGCCAAGAGGCAAAACAAUUAUACUUAUUGAUGGUGACAGAUGAGUCCCUACUAAUUGCCAAGCGGCUUGAGCGGCGCUACCUAUUCGUGGGCCAGAGGGGAACGUAUGAGGCCACCGAACGUUGUGGCGGGGUGUUGGCCUCUCGGUGGUAGUUAAAGCAUAAGAUAGAUUGGGAGUGACAGGUGAGGCCCUCUCUAUGCGACAAUGCGAGACGGCUAGCUAUGAUUUGGCCCGAGGGGCGUAUUCCUCCGAGUAUGAGGAGAGGGGUGUUGGUCUCGCGGGACCACUAGCCUAUGGAUUAAGACCAGAAACUUUUACCUCGUUGGGUCAUAUAACCUAGGACCAGUACCCCUCAGAACAUGGUAGAGGAGAAAAUUGGAUUCUGGCGUAGUACCUGAUAUGUGAGUCAGGUUGCGCUGUCGCGGUAGAAGUAACCAGUGACUGUAAGAGUCUCGAGAUGAUUACCUGUUGGACAUGAGAUUUGAUAUAUGAACAUGUGAUUAAACGUAGUGUUAUGGCCAGAUCGUGGGCCCUAAAAAACAAGGAACCUACCCGACACUGCAGAGGGUAGAUUUAACGAAAUUGACAACGGUUUUCGUGCUUGUAAAAGCUACCGUUUGAAGGCAAACAACCUAAAAGAGUAAAAUACAUGCUUAACUAAUGUAAUGUGUAUCAUUGGACUUCAUAAAAACAUAAUUUAAAUAUCAACCAACCUAUAAGAAAAUUGAUACCAGUGACAGAAUUCACAAUUCCCAGUACUAACCACUGGGAUGACUCUGUGGGGAAAACAAAUUCAGGAAAUCAGGACCCAUCAACUUUGUUUAAAACAUUCCUAUUUAAUAAAUAGAUUUACUGCAAUAACGUUUGUAACCAGUAGGGGCGAAAUCCCCAUGGAGUACUGUCUGAAUUCGUGCUUAAUACGUGAGUUAGUGUAGUUGCCGAAAGAAAUAUAUAGAGUGUAGAAACAACCGAAUAGAUACACCAUAAUUUACAUUCGAAACCAACCGAUUGAUGUUUAAGCAUAAUUUAACCGAAUGAUAUCGUUCGUUAGUUUGAACGGUGAACAUGCGAAUAGCUGAGUGAAGCAUUUAAGACGAAUGCAAUAGUGAUACAAUAAAACGAACCGAACGUAGAUUUGAACCGAAUGGGGCUCCGCCGUGUAAAGCAGGGGAAUUGCAGUGGUUGCUUUACAGCGAGCCUGACUUACGGUUUUCGUGAAGAAGAGGUAACGAGCGAGCUGUGCGGACGCCGGCAACGGUAAGGAGAGCCAGGGAAGCCCGGACCAGGAGACCACGAGGGAACAGGUAAGGAAAAAUCCAAGAUGGCGGUCUGAACCGGAAGUAACAUUUCAGACUCGCCAGACCAGCAACGGUAAGGUGGGAGUGGAUUGGCAGCCCCUUUAAAGGUAAACCAAGCCCCUCCCACAACUCCAGGCCAAGCCUUCAAAUAUAUCAAAGGGGCAUUUUAUGCACCAUAACUGCUACAGCUCAUUGGCUCAUUGUAGUGUUUAUGGUAGUCUCUGUGUGUUGUCCCUAGAGAUGUUAGCCUGCUCACAGCCUAUAUUGCCAAACAUAGUUCUAUGAAGUUAGCAUUCAAUUUACCAAACAGCAAGUGUGUUGCCAAGAUGCAGGCAAUAGAAAAACACCAUUUCUUUUUUAUUUACCACAUUUAUUAGAUCAUACUAUAUGUAGUGUAAUAUAAAUUUGAACAGCAUGUAAUAAUGCAGGUAUUUUUUUUAAUAGCAGUGUAAUUUGGAAUAUUAAUUUGCCUUUAGUCAAACAUCAAUAUCUAUCUACAAUACAGAACCUUCAUGCAAUCAAUCAGCUCUAAGACACGUAGAGUUACAAUCUAUAUUGGAAGGGAUGUGUUUUUUGUGGUUAGUUGAGAAAUUGUCUAAAUCUUUGUACCAUUGAUCGCUCUUCUUUUUUCUCCAAUCAAGGAAUUACAUUAAGUCAUCAAUUCUCCAACCUAAUGAUUCUACGAUAUGGCAACUCAUCCCUAGAAGUCGAUUAUGAAAAUUUUGUCUGUUUCAUGUUGAGGAUGGAGAUCAAUAGAGGUAAAUAAGAUCAUUAUAUGUUACAGUCAUUACAAUGUAAUUAUUUUCCAGCAGACAUUUUCCCACUAGAAGUGCAAAUCAGCCUUGGUAAAUGGCGUGCAACAAAACUAGACUUAGAAAUAAAAUUGCAUCUUCCAUGUUCUUGCAAUUUCCAAGUAGAAGUCUACAAAUCACAAAGUCCAGAGUAACAUUGGUUAAAUCCAAGCUUUAUGCUCGACUAUAGAGUAAUUUCCUUUUUAAAUAAUGUACUGGCCAGGACUGAGUUUCCCAUGGGUUGACCUAAUUUAUUUGCCAUCUAUAGAAAGACAUUUUUUUAAAUAUUCACAGCUUGUAUUUUUAUUUUACUAAUCUGCUCCAACCAUAUUGAAUAUUAUAUACCAAUCUCUUUUUUAUUUUCCAGAGCUCUUUCAAAAUUUGAGCCAUGAUGGAAAAGGAAUCUAUCUGAGGGAGGCAGAGGUAAGUUUGAUACACCUUCUGUGUUGGUUGUUAUCCAAGCAUCUAGAACAGGGAUAGGCAACCUUUGGCAAUACAGAUGCUGUGGACUACAUCUCCCAUAAUGCUCUCACAGCAAUAAUACUAUCAAAGCAUUAUGGGAGAUGUAGUUCACAAUAUCUGGAGUGCCGAAGGUUGCCUGCCCCUGAUCUAGAACAUUUACUGGCCUAUGUCUUAGUCUGAUCAUGAUAGUUGCACUUAAUGUAUUUUAGCUUGUUUGUAGCUAAGGUUUUCAAAAGAUAAUUUGAGUUGUAAAAUAAAAACAAUCACAGUUGAUUUUUUUGUUUUUUUGGAACAUUCUGUUAUUCUAGUAUUUGCUAAAAGUGACAGCAUACUGAAAUGGAGGCCACACUUGGGUGAAAUUGUUAACUGAAAUCAAGUGAGAUCCUUCGGCACAAAAAACCUCUCAGAAUGUCUACUGACCCAUGUAAUCUGUCCUAGACACUACUUAGACACACUGGCAGCUUUAAAGUUUUGUUUAGUUUUUUACAAUAGAACAGACUUCCUUUUAUGAAAGAUGCACAAUGUUUGAGAUUAGGACAAACUCUCUGAAGUCUGAAUUAGUCUUUGUUUAAUGUAACUUGCUGUGGAGUCUUUUUGGUUCUGUUGAAAAAUAAAAACUGGUUAACACAUUGUCUCCUCUACUUACCACAGUGGAUGUUGUUGACUUUGUACUCCUAAGAAAUUCAGUCAUCCAACGAUACAACAUUUGCACGAUUCCUCAGGAUAUCUUUAUUUUUUUAUUUUUUUUAUUUUGUUUGUUGAAACCUGGACUUACUUGAAAUGUCCACUCCCAUGGACAUUUCUGACUUACUAUGGACGUCUCUAUACUGUUUGUUUACAUUUUGCUGUUUUUACUUUUUAUUAUGGUUUGAUAUAUUUAUUUUGGAAAUAAAAUGCCCUUUCAGCUGCUCAUAAUAACCCAACUAAUGGAAUUAUUCUGUGUUUACAGACAUAUGUUUACUGUGUUGAAUGGUUCAGAGGUCCAGUUAGUCUCAGUAAUCAUAAUGCAGUGAUUGAAACCCCUGUAACUGGUUAAUUAUAUUGUGGUUCAUUCUAUAAUAAUUGAAGAUAGAUUAGGCUUAAUAUGACUUAAUCAUUUAUUUUUCAAGGCCACAAUAGUUAGCAUUAAUUUUACCACGUCAGUGUUCGCUGUUUUUCUCUUCUCCACAAAAUAAUACACAGCGCAUGCAGCAUUUUUAAUAUUUUUUGUUUCACACACAACAGUAUAACUAAUUAAAUUAAAAAUGUUAACAAUGUUGAGAGAUGCAGCUGGAUUCUGUUUUCCUCUCUGUUGUGAAAUUUGAAUGAGUUUUUAUAUUAAACUUUAAGGUGUUUCUAAUUUAUUUUUUGCAGUUAAAGUAUCAUCAUGUAUAUUCUGUUUUGUUUUUUUAUAAUUCUUUAUUUUUGUAGUGCGUGAGCUAAUAACAAACUGUUGUGAGGUACCCCAAAGACAUUCCUCCAACGCAGUAAUGACAGAUGAGCAUAGAGGUACAUGUGAAAUCAAGCACAAAUUUUAAAUUUAAGGGUAGUUGAUGAGUAAACAGACAGGAUCUUGUCGCUAGAUCUGUCACAUAACCGAGAUUAACAUCGCUGAGUUAUCUGGACAUGUAAUGUUUAUGCUUUGAAGGGUUUAGCUAGAUCUGUUCCCUAACUAAGAAUAACAUCACUGGGUUACCUAAGCGUGCAAGGCUUUACGAGGUUGAGCUAGAUCUGUUACAUAACGGAAAAUAGCAUUGCUUACUUAUCUAGAAGUAUACAUGCCCACUUUUUAUAUUUAAACAGGUAGUAGUUUUCUGAAGCAAGAUUCAUCAGGUGUAGCCAACAUGUACUGCAACAUGUAGGUUAUCAAGCAAAGACAUUGUGUAUUUUCCGGCAGUUACAUACUGGGAUAUAUAUUAAAUUAUAAGGUCUAUUAAUUAAGUAUGCAUAAUGACUGAGAUAGCAGUGUUGGGAUUAGCUGGGUGUCCCGCUCUAGUGGUCAAGUUACAGGUUGUAAUUAAAUGAUGUCAUUAUGCAGUUGGGACACUUGUUUAGUCAUGGCAUGUGUAAGAGUAAAUGACAUGUUUAAUAAGUAAACUUAGCUUAUGUAGUGGUUUCAGGGGUUAAACCUAAGAUGAGAUGUUGGCUAGCAAGCAAACCUGCUGGUGUGAGGAGUCCUGCAUGCCAGUCCAUAUGGGCCUAGCCGAUGCCCAGUCUGGGGGCCUUGCCUGCAGCCCUGGGAUGAACGUCUAUGAUGCUUUCCUGCUGGGCUCCAGUGCCUCGUGCCCUUGCUUGUAUGUCGCGGCAGUGUAUAGCGCGGCUUCGGUCCGAUCCCCGUGUGCAGCCAGCUUCUUUUAAAGCAGGGCAGGACGCAGAGGCGACGGCUCAUUAG